GCUCGGGAGAGCCGCCGACUGCCUCCAGACGGACCUGGACGGCAUGCCGACGGCGCUUAAGAGCGGCUUCGUCCACAAGCCCGUGCGCUGGAAGCUGCUAGACCAGACGCUGGCCCUGGCACUCGCCCAUUCGGGCCUCGAGGAGGCUCUCGACACCAGGCGCAUUUGGGGAGUGGACUUCCGGCUUAGGGGUCUGGAGCACUUGACGUCUGACCAGCUGUUCUUUGUCUACUACGCGCUGGACAACUGCCAGCGUGCCGAUGGCCAGGCCCUGCGGCGGAUGUCAUCCCCGCUACCAGGUCACGAACGAGUCAACGUGCCGCUGCGGAACUGGCCGCCCUUUAGUCAGCACUGGGGCUGCCAGCGAGGACAGGCCAUGGUGGCCCCCCGACCCUGCGCCAUCUUGCGCCCAGCCUGAGCUGCCUGGUCGUCGGUUGAAUGGAACCUCUGCAAGGGACCAUUGCGCCGACGCCUGCAGCUUUGUGUCUUGGACAAUAUUGUGGAAUGUGCGCGUCAUCUAUGCGUCUGAUAUGGUCGCAUCAGGUGAUGCGCAC